AUGAUUCCUAAGGCGGAGGGAAUCAAAGAGACACAUCGCGCCCGUGCAGCGAAGGCUGGAGAAAGAGCGAGAAAGGUUAGUGCAUUUUCACUUGUUUGUUCAGAAGACUACGAAGUGUUUGGAUAUAUUAAGGAAUAUUCUUUAAGAAAAUGCUCAUAUUCUUCGAUCUUUGUUCUUUCAAGGUCCAUGUUUUGCUGAAC